AUGGAAGCCCAUUUUGUCCCUUUGGUUAAACAACUGACUAGUAGUGACUGGUUAACCUCUUACACUUCUUCUUGUGGCUUCUUCAGUGUCUUCUAUCCCCGCGUGUCCAGUACUGUUAAAGCAGAAUUCCGGCAGCAUUUCCGAAACCUGAGCUCAGAUUACACUCCCAGGGUGAGGAGAGCACCAGCUUCAAUAUUGGGGGAAUUUGCAAAGGUUUUAGAGCUGGAAUAUGUGAAGAGUGAAAUCAUUCCCAUGUUCUCCAACCUCGCUUCCGAUGAACAGGAUUCUGUGCGCCUGCUGGCCGUAGAAGCAUGUGUGAAUAUUGCUGAACUUUUACCUCAGGAGGAGCUGGAGCCUCUCGUUAUGCCAACAUUGAGCCAGGCGGCAGAGGACAAAUGUUGUGUUCGUUACGUGGUGGCUGACAAAUUCACAGAGCUCCGGAAAGCUGUUGGUCCAGAAAUUACCAAGACAGACCUGGUUCCUGCUUUUUUUUUAGAACCUCUUGAAGGACUGUGA